UGCCCGCAUCCCAGCCUCCGGCCCCCAGCACCGCCGGCUCCCCCCGGCCGUCCCGGGGCAUGGCUACGGGGGGGCGGCCGGCAUGAAGCCGGGGUGGGGGGGUGGGGGGGAGCCCGUCCCCUCUGUCCUCCCCCACCCCCCCCAAAAAAAACCCAAAAAACACCUGCUGGCAUCGGGCGAGCUCGGGCCCCCCCCUCCCGUGCGCACCCACCCCGCUCCCUCCUUCCUCCGCUCCCAUCCCUGCCGCAGCUGCAGAGCUUCCUCCUCCUCCUCCUCCUCCUCCUCUUCCAAGGACGAGUCCGGGACCGACGGGCGGCCGCUGGACCCCCCCCCCCGCCCCCCCUGCCCCCCGGCUCCCCACCCUACAUCCCACCCCAUCCCUUCCCCUUCCCCUUCCCCCGCGCAUCCCGCAGCCGGGCCGGGCGCACCGGGCGCACCGGGGACCGCUCCUGCCCCCGGGGGCUGCCCCGCGGCGAGGGGGGGGGCCCUGGGAGCCGUGCCCCGGCCCCGGGACGUGCAGCCCCCCCCGGAGGUGCGGGGCAUGUAGGCAGCCGGAGCAGCGCUGGUCCCGGACGUGGCGGUGGACAUGGGCAGAGCGCCGGCACCCGCUCUGCUUCUGUCGCUGGUGCUGGGCUGCUCGGCCGCCUUCAGCGACAUCCUGCUGCCCGGCCCCGAGGAGCCGGUGGUCAACGUGGCCGUGGUGUUCGGGGGCACGUCCUACCCACUGCACAUCCGCUCCCGCCUGAGCCCCCAGAGCUUCCUGGACAUGCCCCUGGAGAUCCACCCCAUCACCGUCAUCGUCAACGACACCAACCCCAGCAGCCUCCUCACCCACAUCUGCAGCGUCCUGGCCAGCCACAAGAUCCACGGCAUCGUCUUCGAGGACAACGUCGGCACCGAGGCGGUGGCGCAGAUCCUUGACUUCGUCUCCUCCCAGACCCAGGUCCCCGUCAUCAGCAUCAGCGGGGGGUCUGCGGUGGUCCUCACCCCGAAGGAGCCCGGCUCGGCCUUCCUGCAGCUGGGCGUCUCCAUCGAGCAGCAGAUCCAGGUGAUCUUCAAGGUGCUGGAGGAAUACGACUGGGGCUCCUUCGCCGUCAUCACCAGCCUCUACCCGGGCUACAACAUCUUCCUGGACGUCAUCCGCGCCUUCACGGACGCCAGCUACUUCGGCUGGGAGCUGCAGGAGGUGCUCACCUUCGAGAUGAGCCAGGAGCGCAGCGGCUCCAGGACGCAGCGGCUCCUGCGGCAGCUGGACGCCCAGGUGCUCAUCGCCUACUGCUCGCGGGACGAGGCCGAGUUCCUCUUCUCCAUGGCUGAGCAAGCCGGCCUCGUGGGGCCGGGCUACGUCUGGAUCGUGCCCAGCCUGACGGUGGGCAACAUGGAGCUGCCGCCCGCCUCCUUCCCCGUCGGCCUCAUCAGCGUGGUGACGGAGAGCUGGAAGCUCAGCCUGCGGCAGAAGGUGCGGGACGGGGUGGCCAUCAUCGCCAUGGGGGCGGCCGGCUUCUUCCGAGCCCACGGCUUCCUCCCGGACGUGGGGAGGGAUUGCCGGGCACCCGCCGGCGCCGUGGCCAACAGCAGCUUCUACCGGCACCUCCUCAACGUGACGUGGGAGCACCGCGACUUCUCCUUCAACGAGGGCGGCUACCUGGUGCGGCCCACCAUGGUGGUCAUCUCGCUCAACCAGCACCGGCUCUGGGAGAUGGUGGGGAAAUGGGAGCACGGCAUCAUCCACAUGAAGUACCCGGUGUGGCCCCGCUACGGCGCCUUCCUGCAGCCCGUGGUGGACAACCGGCACCUGACGGUGGCCACGCUGGAGGAGCGACCCUUCGUCAUCGUGGAGAACACCGACCCCAGCACCGGCGUCUGCGUGCGCAACACCGUGCCCUGCCGCAAGCAGACCAACGCCUCCGCCAGUGGCGAUGGCCUGGUGGACCCCUACACCAAGCUGUGCUGCAAGGGCUUCUGCAUUGACAUCCUGAAGAAGCUGGCCAAGGCGGUCAAGUUCUCCUACGACCUCUACCUGGUGACCAACGGCAAGCACGGCAAGAUCGUCCGCGGGGUGUGGAACGGCAUGAUCGGGGAGGUGUAUUACCGGCGUGCCGACAUGGCCAUCGGCUCCCUCACCAUCAACGAGGAGCGCUCCGAGAUCGUUGACUUCUCCGUGCCCUUCGUGGAGACCGGCAUCAGCGUGAUGGUGGCCAGGAGCAACGGCACCGUCUCGCCCUCCGCCUUCCUCGAGCCCUACAGCCCGGCCGUGUGGGUGAUGAUGUUCGUCAUGUGCCUCACCGUGGUGGCCGUCACCGUCUUCGUGUUCGAGUACUUCAGCCCCGUGGGCUACAACCAGAACCUCACCAGCGGCAAACGGCCGGGUGGUCCCUCCUUCACCAUCGGCAAGUCGGUGUGGCUGCUGUGGGCCCUGGUCUUCAACAACUCCGUGCCCAUCGAGAACCCCAAGGGCACCACCAGCAAGAUCAUGGUGCUGGUCUGGGCCUUCUUCGCCGUCAUCUUCCUCGCCAGCUACACGGCCAACCUGGCCGCCUUCAUGAUCCAGGAGCAGUACAUCGACACCGUGUCGGGGCUGAGCGACAGGAAGUUCCAGAAGCCGCAGGAGCAGUACCCCCCCUUCCGCUUCGGCACCGUCCCCAACGGCAGCACGGAGAGGAACAUCCGCAGCAACUACCCCGACAUGCACACCCACAUGGUGAAGUACAACCAGCGCUCCGUGGAGGACGCCCUCACCAGCCUCAAGAUGGGGAAGCUGGACGCCUUCAUCUACGACGCGGCGGUGCUCAACUACAUGGCGGGCAAGGACGAGGGCUGCAAGCUGGUGACCAUCGGCUCGGGGAAGGUGUUCGCCACCACCGGCUACGGCAUCGCCCUGCAGAAGGACUCGCGCUGGAAGCGGGCCAUCGACCUGGCCCUGCUGCAGUUCCUGGGAGAUGGGGAGACCCAGAAGCUGGAGACGGUGUGGCUGUCGGGGAUCUGCCAGAACGAGAAGAACGAGGUGAUGAGCAGCAAGCUGGACAUCGACAACAUGGCCGGGGUCUUCUACAUGCUGCUGGUGGCCAUGGGGCUCAGCCUGCUGGUCUUCGCCUGGGAGCACCUCGUCUACUGGAAGCUGCGGCACAACGUCCCCAAAUCCCACAAGCUCGACUUCCUCCUGGCCAUCAGCAGGGGCAUUUACAGCUGCUUCAGCGGGGUGCAGACCCUGCCCAGCCCCAGGCGGGCGCCCACGCCCGACGUGACGGCGAGCUCGGCCCAAGCCAACGUGCUGAAGAUGCUGCAGGCCGCCAAGGACAUGGUGUCGACAGCCAGCGUGGGCGGCUCGCUGGAGCACGCCACGCGCACCAUCGAGGACUGGAGCAGCCGCAGCGAGCACCUGCAGACCACCUUCUCGCUCAGGACACCCCAGCUCGUGGUGCAGAACAGCACCGGCACCCACCGGGGCCUCUCCUCCGGCCCGGCCCCCGCCGAGAGGCUGGGCAGAGCCCCCGCUGCCAAGGGGGCCCCCCCGGGGCUCCCCCUGCCCAUCCCCGUGGACUCGCGGCUGCCCGGGGAGGAGAAGCGGAGGGCAGCGAGCGAGCGUGUCCCCCGUGUCCUUCACCCCCUGAAGUUUCGGGGGGGCUGUGCCGGGGACAAAGCCCCCCGGGGCUGCGUGGUGGGCAGCUUGCCUCAUCUCCUGGCGAAGACAGCGCCAGAGGAGGAUUUUGGGGAGCACACGGUGAUGGGGAACCACAUCGGCGCCCCCAUCGGCACCCCGACACCGCCCAGGGAGCUCCCGCUGCCGGACAUCUACAGGGAGCACAAGCGGGGGGACCGGCUGCCCAACACCCCCCUGCUCUACGUGGAUGGGGGACACCAGGGCUUGGGGACAGUGCCCCGGCUGCUCCCCACCUUGGAGACGAGGAGGGAGGUGGGAAACCCUUCCCUGCCCCCCGCCUGUGCCCGCAGCUCCUUCCCAAAAGCCACCAGGACUUGCAGAGCGGAGCGGGAGCAUCCGAGCCACCGGGCGAGCACGGCCAGGGCGUCCUGGGAGCGGGGCGAGAAGCACCGAGCCACGGCGCUGCGACACUGCGGCACCCACCAACCCACCGCCCGCACCGACAUCCCCGACCUCUUCCCCGAAGCCGAGGCCGCCCACAGCUGCGGCCCCCACUGCCCCGAGGCCGCCGGGCGGCUGGUGGGGCCGGGCAGGGCACUGAGCUCGCCCAUGGCACGGCUGCCGUCGUACCGGGAAGCGUGCCGGCAAAAGCCCCGCGGCACCGCGUGCGCGCCCUACGCCUACGUGGACUCGUGCGCUCACCUGCCCCUCUAUUUAGGGCACCUCUCCCGUGGGUCCCCGCCACCCCGCGAGCACCUUGGGGUGCUGGGGGGUGGCCGGGGCUCGGGGCGCUGGGACGGAGCCUGCAGAGGCUGGGGGAGGCGCGGGGAGCCGGGCUUUCUGCGGGCGGUGGGGCCGGAGAGGCUGGCGGCUCGCGGGGUGGCGAGCCCCUGCGCCGGCGGGUCCUGGCGGAGGGUCUCCAGCCUGGAGUCGGAGGUGUGAGGGGGGACACGGGGGCCGUGUGGGCUGUGCUUGCUCCCCUCCUCUCCAGGGGGAGGAAAGCAAAGUGCCCCUUGCUCGGCUUCCCCACGGAUGAGCCGGUGGCUCCUGGCUGGGCUGCGGCACGGUGCUCCUCCCGGGGAUGUGCUCGAGCACCCCGGGGUCCUCCACUGCUGGCAGCGGGAUGCUCCAAGCCGGGUCCGUGCCCUCUGGGGGCUGGGGGAGCCUCCUCGGGGCCGGACUGGGUUGGCCCCGCAGGCAGGGCUGGCCGGGGACGCCGAACUCAUCGCUGCCGCGUUUCCGUCAUGUUUUGGCUCAUUCAAGGGACUCAAAGCUCCACGUCUAGGUCAUUAAAGAGACAUUUUAAACCAGC